ACCAUUGUGACCAGGCAUUUGUUUUGAUUGUCGUUUACUUACUUCCACAGACAAGUACGGAGAGUCAGGGCCGAUAGGGGGGAUAACAAAAUUUGGGCUGACUAUACCUCUACUUCAGCGCAAGGCUCGAGUUUCUCUGGAGUGAAAUGGAAUGCCGCUGUGAAUUUGAUCGACUUUCCAAGACAAACGGCAACGAAUCCGCAGCGUUUUUGACUGGUUACGAAUUAUUAUUCUGAGAUAAAAAGAAUACGGAUGUGUACGACGGAUUUUAUUAUGGUUGCUCUUCAUUGGUGAAUAAAAUACAAGCUGCACUGACUAUACUAUAAUGUGUUGUACUUGAGAAAAAUGCCUCACAAGAUUGGAUUUACUGUGGUGUAUGCCUCAGGAGAAGACGAAAGCUACAGGGCCAGUGAACUGAACUCCCAUGGGCCAACAGUGGGGGGCUGGCAGUCAGCCCCAGACUGCUCCUAUCCACAAGAACUCAUCCUGCAGCUUCAUUCAACAGCGACGGUGCAAAAGAUUCAAGUCUUGGCACAUCAGUACCUCAUUCCUCAGAAGUUGGAAUUGUGGGCAGGCAAUGAAACCGAUGUUCAGCUAUCACCAACAACAGCAGAGUUUGAGUACCUUGGUUUUAUUACGCUCUCGGAUAAUCAAACAACCGGAUUCACAUCACGGGAGUUGAAAUCAGUCACUGUUCCAUCUUGCGCCGCAAGAUACCUCAAGUUGAGACUUCAUGCCAAUCAUCCCAAUUCACUCAAUGUGCACAAUCAGGUUGCCUUGAUAGCAAUCAAUGUGCUAGGCCAGCAUCUAGAUUCUGCAAGUACAUCAUCAGCAUCAUCUGAGCUAGAAAAGCCUGAUUCAGAGCAGAAUAACAACGGCACAGGACAUGAAUCAACCACAGCAACUCCCUCCCAUUCAACUAACAAUGGUAACAACAAUGCUCUGCUCCUGGUGAACAAUCCAAAAUACACAUCCCCUUACGAUGAUCUAGCAUUUGAGAUGUAUGUUGAUCAAGAAGUUGCCAGAAUCAUCCGCAACAUGGAGGCAAAGAAGCAGCAAGCCGUCAUUUGUGAGAGAUUCGAGUUUGCACGAAAACUGAAGCUGGCGAUGGAGGAUCUUCGCAGUGCAGGAGAGCGGCUUAGUAAAUAUGAACUGGAGAAGCGACAUGCCAUCCAACUUGAAGACUAUGAACGUGCCAAAUUGAAGAAAGCUCAGAUGGAUGAGUACAGACGUACUGUCUAUCAAUUCCUGGAAGUCGAUGACCUUCUUGAAAUCAAUGGGCCACUAGCAAAAAAUGACGAGUGUCUGGAAAUAUCAAUGCCUGGGGGUAAGCGGCCUGAGUUACCACCACCCCCGCGGCUGCUUCAGGUACCGGGGGGUCUCCCAGGAAGAGAAGGAGGGAUACCUCCCACCCAGAACAGCCCGGCAAUGCACCAGAGUCCCGUAUCACCGCUGCACCUUCACUCACGACCAAAGAGCCCCGCACCGCCCCCAUGUCAGCAUCCCAAGACAAGUCCAACGACCAGUCCCACCAACCAACAGCCACAUGGUUAUCAACAACCACAAAGCAAUCUUCGGGGUUCACAGAGACGCCAUAAACCAACAGGAGGAACAGGAAUGCCUGCUAGAACAAGCUUUGAGGCUUAUGAAGAACGCACAGUUCCAGCUCUUAGGCACUGCCACACUACCACACACAGAGAAUACCAACUUGAUGGGGCACCUGAGGCAACCAAAUCUCGGCUCACUGAACGAGAGAAGAAGCAAGCAGCUCUGCCCAUAUCUGUGUAUGGGACUGAUUUGGUAGAAAAGUUCUAUUCAAAGCAGUAUUCAGAUAAGGAGGAGGGCCUCCGGUUGCUCAAAGAAGAGCUACGUGCUUUAGUGUCAGGGGACAGCAAUUUGGAUCAACAGCACAACUCACCAAACAAAAUAGCCCGUGCAGCCAUCUUUCUACUGCACCGAGCUCUCAGAGACAAAGUAUACGCAGUCUACAGUUUAGCAGCUGAAGCCAUAAGACUCUUCUUCACGGAGUUUGUGCCAGCCAGGGUGACCCCUGCUGAGGUGGCACGUAGUGUGGACCGUCUACUCCCCGAACUACUGUCCAAGUCAGGUGACCCCACACCCAGGAUACAUAACAUGGCCGUCCACACCUUACUUAGUAUGGCUGACUGUCGAGAAGUCAGAGACCUUCAUUUAAUUCCAGUCCAUCUCAGUCGACCUCUGACAAGUAGCACACACCCCAGGCUAGCACUUAGUCGCCUUGAGAUGGUGGAACAACUUGUGCUUAAUCAUGGCAUCUCCACUGAUAAACAGAGUGGUCUGACAUGUCGAGUUCUGUCAGAAUUUGGGUCGUCAGGACUACACCACCCGGCGGAGGCAGUACGCAAAGUGGCCGAACGAAUUCUCACAUUGGUAUACAGGGUAAACCCACGACUUGUUCGCAAACAAUUGCCGCCCGAUGAUGACAUUACAAGACGUAACUUGCUGUACAGGCAGCUCUUCCAUGAAUUUGAUCGAAUAGAUAUUCAGCGAAAGAAAGAAAUCCUGGAGCGAAACAAACAGGUUGUGGUCACUGCAGCAGGAGGAGCUGGUAGUGGUGGGGGUUCAGUGGGGCAGGGAAGCAGUUCCAGUUCAGCUAGUGCCAUCACAUCCCCUAGUGAUACAUCACAGCAGGACGCAACAGAUGAUAAGAUGUGCAUCUUCUGUCUGUCCCGGUUUGAUUCAUUUACUGAGGAAGGUCUAAACAUCCAUUAUUGGCGCUCAUGCCCCAUGCUGAUGAGAUGUGCACAUUGCAAGCAAGUGGUGGAAAUAGCCACUCUUUCACAACAUUUGCUAGAAGAGUGUGAGAUGCGAAAGUCAUACCGAAAGUGUGAAACAUGCACAGAAGCAGUUCUCUAUGAACUUUUUGACCAACACAAGUCAGAUGCAUCAUGUAAUCCUGCUGGACCAGAAUCAACAACGAAUCAUUGUCCACUGUGUCACUGCAACAUCCCACCUUAUGAAGAUGGAUGGAGACAGCACCUUAUGGGAUUGCCAUGUCCCAAUCAUCCACGAAAGAAACAUCUGAAGAACCGUUCCAAAUCACCGUCCACUGAUCCCAAGGAUCGAGCAACUGUACAGUCUACACCGUUAGCUAAUAAAUUACCAUACUGACAUGAUCCUUUCCAAAAAGUUUAAGACGUCUAUCAUGUCCUCCAUAGCACAGAAUUUAGUAGAAUUCAACAGAAAGAGAAUAAAAAGGAAAAGCCAAAUUAUCUCCCUGUUCAAUAAAUGUAAUGAUCAAUUUCCAAAAUUGUAAGUUCUUCCAUCAGACCCAUAAAUGUCCCUGCAUCACUGAAGCCAUACAAGGAGUGUAGUAAACAACAUAAGGAUAUUAUGCUUGCAAUUAUUACAUCAACAACAAAAUAACAAAGAAACCUUCUAUAUCUCCAUAUAAUUGCCAGAGUGAUUCACGCAUAUGUUCCAGUGACACACAUCCUGUUCAGCUCAAGCAGAGAAGUAGUAAUAAAAAUGGAUGAUAAUUAUUGAGCAGCCUGUGCACUAUUGUGAAUAUAGGCCUGGGCUGUCCAACUUGAGGCAUGCUAGCUGUACGUGGCCCAUUAGUUGAUUUUGUGCAGCCAUCUAAGCAUCCUUCCAUUCUCCAAAUGUAUUAUUAAUGUUUUCCUCUUCUUUAAAAAAGGCAGCAUAUCUUGUCAACAAAUUAAUGUACUUUGCUUCCUAGUAUUCUGUGUAAUUUCUUAUUUCACUUGAGCCCUAACAAAUUAUUUUGUAAAGUAUGGAAUUAAGCAUGACUGCAUGAAUUACGUACAUAGUAUCCACACAACCUAGUAAUAUUCAGUGCCUGAUUUGUGGACAUCACAGACCUAGCAGCAUUGUUUGUGGCCUCAUUAUAUACUCAGCACUGUUACCAUGCCCAAAUACUUGGAUUAAAAAUUGUAUUCUGAUAUUGGAAAAAAUGUAUUCUUUCUAAUUGGCCCCACAGUGGUUUGAAGUUGCACAGCCCUGUUAUAGGCGAAAUGAUCUGAAGAGGCAGACACUCCGUAACCAAAAGACUAAGAAGUCAGUAUAACGCUAACUGUGCUGUGGCUACCAGGAGCUAACAUUCUGAGUCUAAUGCACCUAGAUGCAAGGCAGUCAUAUGAACAAUGCAAAUGUCAAUUACGGCUUAUAUCACCUGUCAUGAAACUCAUUUUGCAGCCAUUGUUACACACAAAUACUUAACCUUGAGCUUAGAAUAAUGUCAUCAUUAAUAAGUGAAAGCGAGAAUUUAUGAAUUUAUAAAGGAGUAUUUUUAAGACGUUGGCAAAAUGUUGAAUUGUCACUGGUCAUACAGUCUGAACUGUGAUAUGUGGGGCCUGUUCAAAUGAACCCAUUUGGGGAUUACUGUGGGCAAAGGAGUAGAGACCAUUACAAAUAGUCCCCACUGUGAUGAUGCUGGCAUCCCACUGGCACAACAGCCAGGCAAUACAUCCCCUCUGCAAAAUAACCUGAUCUGAGGCCAAAUUGGUUGGUCCCUAUACUUUUUACCAUGGGUGACAAAGUUCUUCCUUUCUCAGGAUGCCAAUAACUUCCAGUUAUAAAAACUAAACACCUGAAAGUCUAAACAAGAGAAAAAACAGAUGGGGUGACAUACAACAACCAUUUCCAAAAAUUACAGAACUCAGUGAUGGGCUGAAAGCACCAAUAAAACUGAUACAUAAGUUAACUUAGAUCUCUACAGUUUGUGGGGGCAUGCAAUAGCAUGGUUGGUUGAGACACUAUACCACAAAGCAUAAGGUCAAAAGUUCAAUUCCCAAUGAGGUCACUGGAUUUUUCAAGUGAUCUAAUCCUUCCAGCCACACUAUGACCUUGGGAUCGAC